CCGUUGAGUCACGCAGCUGUCAACGAUAGCUGUCACCCACAUUCAUGAUCAAACACACAUUGAGCGAGACUAGCUUAGCCAAGGCAAACAGGAGAUCUCAGGUACCUCGACAAUGUGUUACGUCUCAAACAAAUGAACACGCCGAAGAGCAGCUUUACAUCCUGUGAAUUUUGUGGAAAAAGCGUAUACUGCGUGGAUUUUACGUGUGGUUUGACUGGAAAAAGAAGAACCUGUGGUCUGGAAUAAAUCGUAAAACCUGCGCCCAUUGUAGCUAACGUGAAAAGGGAAUUUUCGACCAAGAUGAAGACAAAAAAAGGCAUGGCGGUGCUUUCGGGCAGCGAGUCGGAGGAGGAGGACUGCAUGGACGCCCCCCUGGACCUGUCCUCCAGUGGGGGGAACGGGAAGAGGAAGAGACGGGGGAACCUUCCCAAAGAGUCGGUGCAGAUCCUGAGGGACUGGCUGUACGAGCACCGCUACAAUGCCUACCCGUCGGAGCAGGAGAAGGCCCUCCUCUCCAAACAGACGCAUCUCUCCACACUACAGGUUUGUAACUGGUUCAUCAACGCCCGCCGGAGACUGCUUCCCGAAAUGCUGCGAAAAGACGGCAAAGACCCCAACCAGUUCACCAUCUCACGACGGGGCAGCAAGACGGGAGAGGGAGGCAUCAUGGAGAGCGCCCCGUCCCCCAAACCCCUGGCCACGGCCGAGUCCUACGACAGGAGGGCCCUGCACCCGUCCAGCUUUGAGCACGGCCUCCCCGCCAAGAGCGCCUCGCCCGAAACCGCGUCCCCGGGGCCCCUGCUGCCCCGGCCGUCCGUCAUCUGUCACACCACCAUCACCGGCCCGCAGGGCAGCCCACUGCAGUGCUGCCCCUCCGUCCUGGCGGACAAGGCCACGGACCUUCAUUCCACAGGGCCCGCCGGCCUGUUCCGUUGCCACGGCGAGGCGGCCACGGACGGCAACUCCAGCCCCCAGAGCGGCCUUUUCAACACCCCGCCCCCGACCCCGCCUGACCUCACGCAGGACUUCAGCGGCUUCCAGCUCCUGGUGGACGUGGCGCUGAAGAGGGCGGCCGAGAUGGAACUUCAGGCCAAACAGCUGGUGUCUUAAAAACAAACAAACAAACAAACAAACAAACAUGUAAACAAGCAAGCAAAAAAAAUGAAAGUCUCAAUGGGUUCUCGUUUCCAAGAUGGACUCCAAAAUCUAUUGACUGACCAUGUUUGAGAGAGAGAGAGAGACAAAGAGAGAGAGAGACAGAGAGAGAAGAAGUCUUAUCAUUUCUAUUUUUUGGUAGUUGAAUCAAAUCGAUGAGGAUUUUGUAUUAAAAGAAAAAAAACUUAAGAGAAAAAAGAAAAGAAAAUCGCGUUGUGGUGCCUUGGACGUCCUUUUUUUGUUUUGUUUUGUAUUUCAUAUAUAUAAAUGUAUAGCUAUGUAUCUUUUUGCACACACAGGACCAAAAAAAAGAAAACAAAGUAAGAGACAAAGCUGCCUGUCUUAAGACUGGUUUGGGUGGAAGCAGAAAGCAUUGGUUGGUGAGGCUGGUUCUGGUUGCAUCUUAAAUCCAGCUCCUUAAUGGGACUUAUUCACCGUCAAGUCAUUUUAUUUUCACACAUCAGUUUGCAAUCUUUCUGCCUCGUUCAUUUGCACAGUAGGGCAGGAAAAGGGGCAUCUCAGUGUCUUAAAUGUACAACUUACUUUCGUCAUCUACCAUGAGCUUAAUCACUACUGUAGUCACUUGUAUUUCAUGUUAAAAAUAUAGGCUUUUUUUGCUUUUGUUUGUCAUGUUAAAAGAAACAUCUUCGUUCAAUAUUUCAUUCCUUUUGUUUCUCUCCCGGGGGCAUUUUGAGAGGACUUAUGUAGCAGUUUUACACUAUGUCUGAGCCUUUACACUGCGUAGCAAUGGCCAAUGAAUGUGCCAAGUUGAGACCCCCAGUACCUUGCACUUGGUGUGUGGUACAUGUACUGUAAACUGGAAGAAGAACACUAAGUCAGUUGGCUGGAAUAAGUUUUUUUUGUUUUGUUUCAUAUCACCACUGAAUAAAUGAGAAAAUCAAAUAAAUGGCAAAAAAGACCCUGUGUGUAACUAAUGUGACAAAAAUGCCCAAUGAUGUGAUUUCAUAUUUUCAUACUGUGCAAUGUUUUGUGGCAAUUUUGGGUCACAUGAUAUUCAAAUAAAGUUUUGUUUUCUACAAAAAACAA